UUCAGGAAUUGACAGCAAAGUUUCCGAUGUCGAUGGUCAGCCCUACACUACGAUCCUCUACGCUAACGGACCUGGAUUCGCUACGCCAAGAAUUGUCCCAAUGAAUACAACCAGCGCUACCGAGGACCGUAAUCAAGUCCAUGCAUCCGCCGUGCCCAGACAAUGGGCCACCCAUGGUGGAGAAGACGUCCCUGUUUAUGCUCUUGGACCCCUUGCUACUACACUUUUUGCUGGAACCUUCGACCAAAGCUACAUCCCGCACGCGAUCGCCUACAGCGCCUGCUUGGGCGAGCACCGGCUCCGCUGCCAAGGCUUAGACAACUACACCGUGCCGGUCCCCCAGAUGACCGGAUGCGUGGCCCCCAAAAUCUCAGGCGUCGCCCACGGCAGCGGAGGCGGCGGGUCCGUCGUCAUAGCGAGCAGCGUCAUGUCGGACGACACGAUCAGAAGCAACUCGUCGGCGCCCAGCAUGUCGUUGCCGGUUGGUCAUUUUUGGUGUUUUGUGUACUUUUUCAAGUUCUUCAUCACAUGACUUUCGAACACUAGUGUUUGCGGCAUGCAGGGUCAUAAAUUAAUACCAUUUUAACGAGAUUACAAAGUGAUAUUUUUACAUAGGACAAUCAAAGGAUCUCGUCUUUUUCGCGAAUUCGAGGUAGUUUUGUGUCAUAAUUGAUAUAAAAAAUCGGUAUAGCUGCCCCUUUUUACUGCCUAAUUUUUUUAAUUUAUAAAAAUACUAGAAAAAUGCAUUAUUAGUCAUAUCAAAUCAAG